CGUCUCACGACAAGUUACCGUCACCCUUGCCACUGACCUUCGGCAUGUGAAGAAGCACUGGAUUGAUAUUGAACGAAAGUCAGACCAUGAGCUCGACACCUCCAAGUUCCGCCUAUGGGCUGAUGCGAUUUGUAUCAACCAAAAUGAUGAUAGUAAAAGACUGCGCCAAGCCAACAUAAUGGCAGAUAUCUACUCUUCGGCAGCAAUGGUUCUGGCUUGGCUUUCUUCGAGCGACGAAGAUGUCAGCGAGGCGUUCAAUACCUUUGAACGCAUAGUACACAUCACUGAGGGGCAAGUUGGACAUAUCGACUUCACCAGUCUUACAGAAACGGAACUCUAUGACAUUUGCAUCAAAAGAGUUGUUUGGCAGCCUGAACUGCUGUCUUGGCUCAUUCCACCUGACUCUGGCCUCCAUGGUAUACCAGAUGGUAUACUCAAGAUCAGCAAAUCUUUGGCAGCCAUACACCGGUUUGCUGAACUCAAGUUUUGGAACAGAGUGUGGAUACAUCAGGAGGUGGUCCUUGCGAAGAAACUGUGCCUUCUUUCCCCAUCUCGCAUUCUGCAACGUUCGAAAUGUUUCAUAGCAUUGUUAGGACUAGAGGCCUACAUGCAGGCGCUGGCUGACAUGAAUCCAGAGUCUGCACAACGAUUACAGAUCAGGGCUUUCAAGUACUUGUCCUCUGGAAUCUUGGAAAUCUUGAUGACGCGCUUUAGUUUCCGGGGAAUUGCUGAUAGACCGCCUGGGUGCGACAUGUGGCGUCUAAACUUGUAUUUAUCGUUGGAAUCAGAGGCAACCAAAUAUUUGGACCACAUAUACGGCCUCAUAGCUGUGACCAAGGCUCCAAUCAUACCCGACUACAGCAAGUCAAUACGUGACGUGACCCUAGAGUUUAUGGCAUGGGCUGUGCCUUUGUGGAUGUCGAUACGGAAAAAGGCAACGAAGAGGAAAUGGGAUGCCAAAUUCAAAGAUGAAUGGCGCUUUGAGAUCUCCAACAUUUUGAAUAGCCACGCUGUUGGCCUUAGUCGUCUCUACGAUCUGCCGAGCUAGGCACCGGUAUUUUCAAAGGCUAAAAGGUGAAACGCAACUGUAAGGGAUCCUACGGAGCGCCGUUCAGCAUUUGGAAAAGUCCCUGAGCUAUCCAGAGAUCUGCCUAUAGAUGUCAUCGGUGAUAGCUUAUGGAUCAAAGGAAUCAAAGCCCCGAUAAUCGCGGGCCCUGAAGAACUUCAUAGCAGUUUAGACAGACA